GGAUGAGCUUUCAGACACUCUACACUUCAGCAGCUGUCAUGCACCCGACGUAAUCGUUCUUAUUCUGAUCUACGCACUCUUUACUGGGUUAUGCUCAUGCCCCCCGUUCAUUUGGAAUCUGAUUUGGAAUGAUAAACCGUGUUUCCUAUGCACUGUAACUCGGUGCGAAGGUGAAGGAUUUGUACACUCAUGUGUUUUUGUACUAUCCCGCGAUUGUUGCACCAUGGCGAAUUCUGCGAAUUCUGUGAAUGGUGUCCAGGAAGGGUUCGAAGCAGUCCAGCCUUACAGCAUGCAUGUUUCCUCUCGCUACCUCGAACUCACGAGGAAGAAACUUCAGUUGGCAAGACUACCGGGAGAGCCUAAGACUCCUGAGGACCGGAGAUGGGAACAAGGGGUACCGAAGGCCUUGCUUGAGCCUCUGCUUGAUUACUGGCUGGAACAAUACGACUGGCGCAGUCAAGAAGCGCACUUCAACUCCACACUCCCCCAAUUCCGGACCAACGUGCACCUCACAAUUACACCAUCUCACGCUCCUACACCACCACCGCUCCGUAUACAUUUCGUCCACAAACGUUCGAAGCAUAAGAACGCCAUACCGUUGCUGUUCUGUCACACAUGGCCAUCGUCAUUCGUCGAGAUACAAAAAAUCAUCAGCGCCCUUACAGAUCCACAUAGUCUGCCCAGCUUUGGAGCGGGCGCGCAGCAAGCAUUCCAUGUUGUGGCCCCUAGUAUUCCAGGAUUCGGCUUUAGCGAUGCGAGCCCGAAUGCAGACUUUGGGUUGAAAGAAACCGCAGAUGUGUUUCAUAAAGUCAUGGAGAGGCUUGGGUAUGAGCGCUACGUCGUGCAUGGGUCAGGAUGGGGCUUUAACAUAUGUCGAGCACUGGCUUUAGGUCAACCGCAGAGUUGUCUAGCGAUCCAUACUUCGAAUCCGUCGUUCAAAGAACCAGACUUUAAGCAGAGCCCAAUGACUUGCCUGAAGUACCGAAUCGCACAGUUGGUGAGAGCAAAGGUAACAUUUCUGAGCUUUGGCUAUGUCCCAGCUGAGCUCCAUAUUUCUACACUCACGCCUGUAUCAAGAGAAUCAGAGUUGCCUUCCGGGCCGUUAGAAACCUUCUCCCUUCAAUACACGCUCAGACCACAGACACUAUCAUACUCCCUAUGCGACUCCCCGAUCGGACUCCUCGCCUGCAUCCUGGACACUAUCCAUACGCGAUCACUACCCACACCUCUGCCGCCUCAGCCUCGCUCACCGUUCCUCUCUCCGGCAGAGAUAGAAAUGACAGAGGAACGGCCGGGCGUACCAGCCCACGACAACGACGUCCACUCGCCAGCCACCGAACGUCCAGAAAUGCCACUCAGUCCGCGCGAAAGCGAACUCCGCGCAAUGAACUACUCGUGGUCGCCUACUGAGGUCCUUAACUGGACUAUGCUACAAUGGCUUCCAGGGCCUGAAGCAUCGCUACGAUGGCUUCGCCAAGCUUGCCUCGAAACCCAUCCCUCCUCUCUUCUCUCAACAACAUAUUCUCCUAUACCCCUAGGCAUAAGUUCAUUCCUCGCGCGCAAUUCUAGUAGCGCGGCAACGUCACCACUGAUGUGGGGCUCCGCAACAAGCAACAUAUCCUGGAUCAAACGACAUCAACGGCCUGCAGCGCUCCCAGCUUGGGAAGCGCCAGACCUUCUCGUGCUCGACAUGCGCGAGUGCUUCGGCAGUUUCCUGGACCGUGGAAUUAUCGCCAACCUGCCUGGAAGGGAAACAUAACAGCUCUUGGAGUAAAAUCUGUGGAUUACGGAUAUAGCUAUAUGGCGCAC